AUGAAAGUCCUGGGAAUGCUGUUGGGGUUGCUGAGCUUCCUGGGGGCUGCUCUGGGGGGCUCUUCUGCCCUCCGUUGGAAAAGCACUUUCUGCCACUUGGCCAGGUCCAUCCCUGGCAGCCCCUCGCGGUCCCUAAGCUUCCUGAGCAAGGAUGCUCAGGGACUGGCUCUGUUCCAUGCCCACUGGGAUGGGCUGGGGAGGCUGCAGUCAUGUAGCCGGCAGGAUGAGCCUGAGCUCACUGCAGCCUUCAGUGCCCUCUGUGCUGAUGAGAUCACCCAAGACUCCUUCAUCCACACUCCUGGACCUGAGCUGCAGAGAGCCUUGGCCAUCCUUCAGAGUCAGUGGGAGACCUGCCGACCGUCUGAUGGAAGUCCGGCAGGAGUGAGGGAGAAGCGAGCAGCAGGGCAAAGUGGAAUACCUGGCAUAGGGCACCAGCGGGGGAAGAGAGGCUGGACCAUGCCUGGCACACUGUGGUGUGGAGUCGGGGACUCUGCCGGGAACUCCACGGAGCUGGGGGUCUUCCAGGGCCCUGAUCUCUGCUGCCGAGAACAUGACCGCUGUCCACAGAACAUCUCACCUUUCCAGUACAACUAUGGCAUCCGAAACUACCGAUUCCACACCAUCUCUCACUGUGACUGUGAUGCCAGGUUCCAGCAAUGCCUGCAGAACCAGCAGGACUCCAUUUCAGAUAUUGUGGGCGUGGCGUUCUUCAAUGUGCUGGAGAUCCCCUGCUUUGUGCUGGAGGAGCAGGAAGCAUGUGUGGCGUGGUACUGGUGGGGCGGAUGUAGAACGUAUGGCUCCAUAUCCCUCGCCCGCCUCCAGCCUAAGACCCUCUACAAUGCUUCCUGGAGCUCCCCAGCCAUCCCCCUGACUCCUAGCCCCCAGAGCCCAGCCCCCAGCAAGCCACAACAGAAGCAGCACCCUUGGAAGUGGCCACCACAGCAAAAAGGACUCCAGCACCGCAGCAAAGACAAUGUCACAGCCCUCCAGGCCUCCAUGGCCUCCUCUAGGCCUGAUAUGGCCCCCACAGCCUGGCUGAAGAUCACCCAUACAGGCCUUCAGAGACCACAGGGUGCCCUAAAACCUCAGGUUGCCCGCCAGGCCUGCCGCAGCUUCCACCACUUGGACAAGUGUGAGCACCAGAUCGGGCCCCAGGAGACCAAGUUCCAGCUGCUCAAUAGUGCCCGAGAACCCCUCUUCCACUGCAAUUGCACGCGCCGACUAGCACGAUUCCUGAGGCUCCACAGCCCACCCACAGGUGCCAACAUGCUUUGGGAGCGGCUGGGCACCACCUGCUUCAAGCUGGCCCCUCCACUGGACUGUGCUGAGAGCAAAGACUGUUCCAAGGACCCUAAGGCCAUCAAGGUGUCAGCUCGGCACUUGCGACGACUGCAGCAGAGGAGACUCUGGGGUACAGGCACAGAUGAGGGGCAGGAAUGGCCUUUGGAGCACCCAGGGGCCCCCAUGUCAUUCUAUGACAGGUGCCUGCAACUGACUCAGGCAUCCUGAGGGCCCAAAGAGCAGCAGAAAUCCUGGAACCAGUAA